CAUCAAUAUUCAUUGCUGCUUGUUUCCAUCAGCUUGCGAAGGAAAGUUACACUGUGGAUGAUGAAUAUUGCCCUGCCCCUCACGACUUGUUCCACCGUCGGUUGGGCGGCAUUCGCGAUCGAACCUUCGGCACUGGCAGAUCGCUGCAGCGUCACCCUCGUCAUGCUACUCACUAUGGUUGCCUACAAGAACAUGGUGUCCAGCGCCUUGCCUCCCAUCAACUACCUGACGAUUCUCGACUGGUACAUCCUCUUCUGCUUCGGAAAUAUGAUCUUGGUAAUCAUAGAGAAUGUUGUGGCAACGUUGUGGAGCGUUGAGCCAGAUGCUGAGUUGCCAGGAAUCUUGAUAAUCAUAUGCAUCUACAUUGCAGGCAUGCUGAUUUUCGUUGGCUAUGCCAUGGGAGUCUGGUUUCAGAAAUUGCGUUCUGCUUUGCCAGAAACUGAGAUAAAACCUUUGCAAAACAAGCGAAUGAAGCACAGUCAAGAGAAAUCUCAGCAUAUCAUCUGGGUUGCUCCCAUGGACAAACAGAUCAAUCGAACGGAAUGCAUGGAAUGCAGCGAAGGUGAUCUGGAACAGAAGAUCAAAAAGUUCCUUCAAAAUCAAAACUUUGCGGCAAUCUUUGAGGGUUCGGAGAGCUUUGAUGUACGCUGUUACAAGAGGAAUCAUUUCUACUCUCUUUUGUACCCUGACAAGACAUUCAAGCCGGAAGACGAUUACAUGUUCGCGCUGAUAUUCUUGCCGCUUCCUGCGAACGAUGAUGUGAUGAGGGAGGCCAUGAAGAAAUUGCGCAAGGCCUUUUCAAAGUCGUCGAUCCAGGGCUGGAUGAGCUCGGGGAACGCUAUGCUGGAGCCUCUGAAUUCUGAGUUCUAUCCGGUCCUGGGCAUGAAGACGAAAAAACCCGGGUCGAAAGUUUCGGGUUCUCGUUGCAUUGUAAUGUAGAGGCGAUCAGGGUUGCAAUACUAUGAUAAUUCCUGUACUACUAUAUACAUGGCCAGCCGGCCCCUUCCGCCGCC